AUGACACUCACAGGCGCCCGACUGCUCGUGGCAGCCGCCCUAUUCUUCCCUAACGUUUCUCCGUCGCCAAUUUUCGAAGCCGGUCAAAAAGUUCUCGAUGCCAUCACAGGAGCACGCGAUUCUAUAGAAACAAUACCACACAUUCAACAACCAAGUCGCAAGUUGAAGGGAAAAUUUCUGCAUCUAACAGAUUUCCACCCUGACAGUUUCUACAAGGCUCAUUCUUCCACGGCAGAAGGCGUUGCCUGUCACCGCGGAGAGGGCUCUGCUGGUCUAUAUGGCGCCGAAACCACCGAUUGCGACUCCCCCGUGGAACUCGUCGACGCGACACUGGACUGGAUUCGGGCUCAUGUAAAGGAUGAUAUUGACUUUGUUGUAUGGACUGGUGACACCGCACGCCACGAUAGCGAUGAGAAGCGACCACGAAACGCCAGUCAGGUGUUGAAUAUGAACACCAAGGUCGCCAAGAAAGUUGUCGACACUUUCUCUGAUCAUGGCGCGCUGUCUAUUCCUGUUAUCCCAACCUUUGGCAAUAACGAUUUUCUCCCCCACAAUAUCUUUUAUCCUGGACCAAACAAAUGGCUGCAGGCCUACAGCAGCAUAUGGCACCGCUUCAUCCCCGAAGAGCAGCGCCACUCUUUUGGCUUUGGCGGCUGGUUCGAGGUUGAGGUUAUUCCCAACAAGCUGUCUGUCAUUAGUCUCAACACCAUGUACUUUUUUGAUCGCAACGCCGGGGUAGAUGGCUGCGCCAUUCCCUCAGAACCCGGUUUCAAGCAUAUGGAGUGGUUGAGUGUUCAACUGCAGCGUCUGCGUGACCGUGGAAUGAAGGCCAUCCUGAUCGGUCAUGUUCCUCCUGCUCGAACAAGGAAUAAGCAGCUCUGGGACGAAACUUGCUGGCAGAAAUAUACGCUAUGGUUGAAGCAGUUCCGCGAUGUUGUUACGGGCUCUGUCUACGGACACAUGAACAUUGAUCAUUUCCUGUUCCAGGACACAAAAGACAUCGACCUGAGUCUUUAUGAACAGUCUGGCAUCUCUCGCGAACCUAUCGAGGAUGAUUUCUCUAUUGAAUCAAAAGGCGACUACUUGAUUGAUUUGAGAAAGUCGUGGUCUAAUUUGCCAGGCGAAGCUGCAAAAGCAAUGGGAGAAGAUUUCACCGGCGACGACGAUGACAGCCUUGUUAUGCAAGCUAGUGACGUGGACGAAUUGGGAAACAGAAAGAAAGGAAAGGGAAAGAAGGGUAAAAAGAAGAAGGGACAUGGCAAAAUUGGAGGCAAGUACGGCGAGCGAUACCAAGUAUCUCUUGUCAGCCCCAGUGUUGUUCCCAACUACUUUCCCACGAUCCGCAUCAUCGAGUAUGAUAUCAGUGGUCUGGAAAACAAUCCAGUCUGGACUGACUCAAUCGACGUUCGCACUGAGGUGCCGGACGAAUUUCCAAGUGUCAUCGAAGAUGAAGACGAUGGAGCUCAUCAGGAGCUCAAGAGAGAUCUCGAAGCCGAGCGAAAGAAGAAAAAGAGCCACCGCAAGAAGGGUAGAAAAGGAAAGAAGGGCAAGAAAGGCAAAAAGAAGCCCAAAAACCCCGAACUUGUGGUGCCCGAGGAUCCUCCCAAGGGAUCGCUUCCUGGUCCUGCAUACUCUCGCCAGCCCUUUACCUUCUUGGGAUACACACAGUACUUUGCCAAUCUCACCUAUAUCAACAACGACAUGACCGACUUGACCGCGAUGAGUAAGUGGCGCGAUGGUGACUUCAGUGAUGAAGUACCCAACCACGACAAGCCCCGACCAAAUAAGUUCAAAUACGAGGUUGAAUACAGCACCUUCACCGACAAGAUAUUCAAGCUGCCUGAUCUGACAGUCCGAAGUUAUCUGCGACUGGCGUCUAGAAUUGCCAAGAGAAAGGCGAAGAAGGGCAAGGGCAAGUCCGUUCAAGAGUACAACGAUGAUUUCGAAGAUGACUCAGACGAUGAUGAUGACGAGGAGGAAGAUGAAGUCUCUGACCUUUUAGAGCAUGAUGAUGACAAUGACGACCAACAGCCCGAGUCCGACUUUGAUAGCACCAGGAAGGGCAAGAAAAAGAAGAACAAGCGGAGGAAGAGCAACAAGGUCUGGAAGCAUUUCCUUCGGGAAGCCUUCGUUAGCACGAUCCCCGAGAAGAAGCUCAAGAAGUGGUCACGUAAAUGA